AUGAACACGUACCUUUGGACGGCCACACUUUUGGCUUGCUUUUUGGCUCGCGGACUCGGACUCGGACAUGGAGAUCCCAUAGUGGAUUUGUGCAGGAAAAACAUUGCGGACGCCAAUCUGGAAGAGGCGCUUGGCAAGCUGGCCAGGGACAAAAUCGUGAUCGAUCUGUGCGAUAACCAGCUGGAAAACAUUGAUCGAGAUGUCUUCCGGCGAUUCUAUCAAUUAGAAGGGAUGCUGUUAAACGACAAUCCGGACUUGGGGUUUCCUACGGAUGGAUCACCAUUCCUCGUAAUUAAAUCUCUGACAGAACUGCAGUGCGUGAAUUGUGGUGUUGAGAAAAUUUUAAAAGGAUCUCUGCAAGGUUUGCCCAAACUCGUGCGGAUCAUUUUGAACCACAAUCGGAUUACAGAUAUCGAAAAACUUGCUUUUCGGGAGAACAGUGAGCUUCGACUGAUAGAUCUCAAGCACAAUUUUUUGGAACGGCUGCCCAACGAACUGGUAGAAGGAUUAAGAAAUCUCGAACAGCUGGACCUCAGCUUCAACCGGAAACUCAACGUCGAUGGAGAUCAACCGUUUCUCUACAGUAGCACCUUGAAAGAGCUGAAAUGUGAGGGGUGUGGAUUCACCGUAAUCUAUGAACAAACGUUCGCCAAACUUCCAAAUCUUCGAAAGUUGGAUCUUAAAGAAAACUACAUCGAAUCGGUACAGAGCAAUGCCUUUCAACUUAUGUGCAAUCUCGAAAAGCUAUGGCUACAGAACAACCAACUUGUGAGCGUUUAUGUCGAGCUGCCGAAUAGUGAUAAGCUUCAGUUGUGCCUCGAGAACAACACAGAUCAGUUGUUGUGUGAAGUUCAAAAACUCGAACGCUGGCACAAAUUUCAAUGUCAAAUAGAAACAAAAACAGUAGUAGAUUGUGCCCAAUUUACCGAACCACCAACUGAGCCAACAACCCUUCAAACUGAAAUAUCCGUCUUCAGCUUAAAUGAGAGUUCAACAACAACACUCACCACAACAGUCCCAACGCCCCCAGCAGAACCCAUGGUCAUAUCAGACUGCUACAUCAGCAGUUACCUGACCAUCAUAACCCUUGCCCUGAUCGGGGCCGUGGUCAUCGUGGUGGGCGUUUGGCUCAAGAAGAAAAAGUACGACUCGGAGCUGAAGCUGAACAGUCUCGCCAGAACCGCCCUGAACCAAGUUCAAUCUACAUACCUUUGAAUUUGAUGCUAUGAGUCAGCCGGACACUUCAACAGUCAACAGAUUAGCUUGCGAGAAACUCUCGAGAUAAGAAAGGCCCUUUUUAUUGUAGUUUAUAAAUACUAAGUAUUGAUCUGAAAAGGAGGCGCCCGUUGGAAACCACGUGAUAUCAAUAAUCAAUGGUUUUGAUUGACAGGAAAUAUGAUAAACGAUAUGCAAGCUUCGUUGGCAGUGUUUUUUUUCAGUGAUUGCAUAAAUUAAAUAUUAUGAUUUAGAGAUAUGAGUAAUCGGCCAGUACUUGGUUUGAUCAAUGUUAGAGAUGCGAAAAAAAGCUUCUCUUGCGAAUUCUAGAAUUUAAUU